AUGGAGGAGGAGGAGAGAUCAGUCACCGCUGGAGAGGGAGAAGUCGCUGCCGGAGAGGAGGAAGAGGCUAAGAUCUUCGAGGCAGGAAUUGGAAGGCAUGUGGCUAUCAAGAAAAGGAAGGAAUUGGAUAUUGAGGACAAGUCUCCAGAGAAUCGUAAGCUGUCCUUUCCUGAUGAAGUUUUGGAACGUGUUCUAAUCUUUGUUAAGUCUCACAUGGACCGCAGUGCCGUUUCUCUGGUUUGCAAAGAUGGGUACCAUGCUGAGCGAUGGAGCCGGACGCAUAUAUUUAUUGGGAACUGCUACUCUGUGUCUCUGGAGAUGGUAGCUCGUAGAUUUCCAAACAUCCGGAGUGUCACUUUGAAGGGGAAGCCCCGGUUCUAUGACUUCAACCUUGUUCCACCAAAUUGGGGGGCUGACAUCCAUUCAUGGCUUGUAGUUUUUGCUUCAGCAUAUCCUUUUCUUGAGGAGCUCCGUCUUAAAAGGAUGACUGUUACAGACGAGAGCCUUGAUUUCUUGGCACGAUCUUUUCCUGGUUUUAAAGCUCUUUCCCUUGUCAGUUGUGAUGGGUCCAGCACUGAUGGUCUUGCCUGCACUGCAACCUACUGCACGAACUUGACUGAGCUUGACAUACAGGAGAGUGGGAUUGAAGACCUUGGUGGGAGCUGGUUAAGUUGCUUUCCUGAAAGCUUCACAUCAUUGGAAGCACUUAAUUUUGCAAAUCUGCAUUCUGAAGUAAAUUUUGAUGCCUUGGAGAGACUAGCAGCAAGGUGCAAGUCAUUAAAAGUAUUAAAACUAAAUAAACAUGUCACAUUGGAGCAGCUUCGGAGGCUGCUUAUGAGAGCUCCUCAGCUUGCAGAACUUGGAACUGGUUCAUUUUCACAAGAUCACAAACUCCAAUCACAUGCAGAGCUGGAAAGUCCACUCAGCCACUGCAAGAACUUGGACACUCUUUCAGGCUUGUGGCUCUGCGCAGUUCAGAACUGGCAAAACUUCUGCCAAAUUGUCCUCUUCCAACUGUGGGUUCUACAUACUGUAGAAGACAAAGGGUUAGAAGCUGUGGCAUCCAGCUGUCAUCUGCUAGAAGAACUCCUAGUGUUUCCAGCAGACCCAUUUGAUCAGGAAGUUAUAUUGGAAGUGGCAACUGUCAUACGCAACUGCCCUAACUUCACCCACUUCCGUCUCUGUAUGAUGAACAUGCGCCAGCCUGACUACUUGACCAAUCAACCCUUGAAUGAAGCCUUUGGUGCUGUUGUAAAGACUUGCAGUGAACUUUGCAGCAGUGAUCGGGGCAUGCAAUAUGUUCUAGAGGGAUGCCCUAAGCUGCGGAAGCUGGAAAUAAGAGUGUCCUUUUGGGAAUGCAUUAUUGCACUCAGGGCUUCAGAGGUACGAGUCCAUGAGGUCACUUUGGAUAUCCGCUUGCAACUUGACAGUGAAUGGAUGUCAACUCCUAGGAAGGGAGAUGCCAAGGUUGAAUGUGGAGGUUUUGCAAUGAAGGUCUAUAACAAAACAACCACACAGGUGAAUGGAAGAUCAGAAUUGAGGACUGCAUAUAUAAUUCUUUGUGAUAACAAUUUCUUCCGGUUACACACCAAGCCCUAA